UAGUAACGAUAAUUUCGCAAAUUAAAAACGCACAUUCAUUUGUGAAUUUCACACCAAAGGUGCUAUGCGGAAAAUAAAAAUUAAUUUCUCAUAAACUCUUUUCGAAGACAUGCCGAAAUUGCAGAGCGUUAUAAUAUUAUUACUUAAUUUGUUUCUCGUAACUGGCCAUGAAUUAAAACAAAAAUUGAAUGCAGAAAAGGAAUGUACUAAAUUUGAUCACAUAAGUGAUAAAAGUGGUGCUGUAGAACUAGAAGAGACAGAUCAUCGUCAUGAAAGAAAUGGAAUACACGAUGGUAAAGUAAUAGAUAGUAAUAAAGUCAUAAGAAAUGAUGAAAGUGAAGCUUUAAGAAUGUUAUCACCCGUGCUUGACUUUGUUCAAAGUUUAAAAGAUCGUAUAGAUCGUAUUCAUGAUAAAGUGAAUAUUGACCACAUACAACAUUCAAAGCAGUACCAAAAGGAAAAUCAUCAAUCUUUCGAUUAUUCGCAGAAAUACGGUUAUAAUAAUUAUUAUUGGAAUUAUAGAAAUCCUAACGAAGUAAAUGGAAUGAAAAUUGUCAACGUAACGGGAGUUAAAAAUGGAGACGUCAAACAUGGCAAAGUAAUGGAAUGGAACCGUUUUGAUCCUGACAUUAUUAAUAGCCCAGGCGAAUAUAAAAUACUUGAUCAUAACGGCCAAGAAACCGGAGAUGUUAAAGUUGAAUAUACUGUUAAUGGUAAGCCAUGGAACCCUACAGCAGACCUGGGGUCACUUUUGCCUGAAGUCAAUCUUGGACUUGAUGAUGAUCUUGGGAUCGAUAUUAACAGUGAAGAAGAAAAUACCGAAGAUAUGAAGUAUAAAACCUCGCCCUUAUGGCCCGGAGAAAAUAGAGAAAAGAAGUAUAAAACCACGCCCAUAUGGCCCGGAGAAAAUAGAGAAAAUAAGUAUGAAACCAUGCCCAUAUGGCCCGGAGAAAAUAAAGAAAAGAAAUAUAAUACCAUGCCCAUAUGGCCCGGAGAAAAUAAAGAAAAGAAAUAUAAUACCAGGCCCAUAUGGCCCGGGGAAAAUAGAGAAAAUAAGUAUAAAACCAUGCCCAUAUGGCCCGGGGAAAAUAAAGAAAAGAAAUAUAAUACCAUGCCCAUAUGGCCCGGAGAAAAUAAAGAAAAGAAAUAUAAUACCAUGCCCAUAUGGCCCGGGGAAAAUAGAGAAAAUAAGUAUAAAACCAUGCCCAUAUGGCCCGAGGAAAAUAGAGAAAAUAAGUAUAAAACCAUGCCCAUAUUGCCCGGAGAAUAUAGAGAAAAGAAGUAUGAAUACCUGCCCACAUAUGGCGUUAAAGAAUUUAAAAAAAGUGAAAAAGAACGAUUAGCUAAGAAACAUUCAAAAAAAAUCUACAACAGAGAAAAUAUUGUCACAGUAAAUAAUAAAAAUGGAAGCUAUACUAUUUCUAAGCAUCUAGAAUACUCUGGUGAUUGGAGUAACGGAAAUCAUAACGAGAUAAAUGGAGUUAAAAUUGUUAACGUCACAGGAGUUAAAAAUGGAGACAUCAAACACGGAAAAGUAUUGGAAUGGAAUCGUUUUGAUCCAUUAAUUAUUAAUGAUCCAGGUGAAUAUAAAAUACUAGAUCAGAACGGACGAGAAACCGGCAAUAUUAAUAUUAAUUAUACCACGUUUGUUGAUGGCAUACCAUGGGAUCCAAACGAAGACAUUCAUAAAGAAGAAAGACAUUCAUUGUACUAUGCUGAUACCAGUAAUCAAGGAAAAAGGGGAUAUUCGAAGACAAAAUAUACGAAUAGAUACGGACAUAAGGAAUACUCCAGUUUCGGUAACAAGAGGUGGAUAAGACAAAACAACGGCCGAUCUGGUAGCAAAACUUCGUUGGUGCCGAUCUUCUAGAGUUCCACUUCAAUCUUCUGCAGCAGCCUAUUAUUUUAACCGAUUUAAAAAAGGAGGAAGUUUCUCAAUUCGACUGUAUAUUAUAUAAUUAUGUUAUUUGUUUGUUCGCGGAUAACUUUUCCAUUUUUGAACCGAUUUUGAUAAUUCUUUUGGGUUGGAAAGGUGAUGAAUUCCAGGUGGUCCCAUGAUAAGGAAAUACUGAUUACCGACGAAAUUUUUCGUUAAAACUUUCUGUUUUUGGAUCGUAAUAAUAAAAAUACUUCAAAUUCAAGCAUCA